GGCGGAACGGGCGGGGCGGGAGCUGCGGGGCGGUGCGGGGCAUGGCGGCCGUCGGGGAGGAGCGGCGGGAUCCGGAGCGGGCCGGGGGCUGCGAGCACUACCGGCGGGGCUGCCUGCUGAGGGCGCCGUGCUGCGGGAAGCUGUACCCGUGCCGGCUGUGCCACGACGGCGCCGAGGAGCACCGGCUGGACCGCUUCCGCGUGGCCGAGGUGCAGUGCACGCGCUGCCGCCUCCUGCAGAAGGUACAGCAGCGCUGCCAGGGCUGCGGCAGCCUCUUCGGGGAGUACUACUGCGACGUGUGCCACCUCUUCGACCGCGACAGGCAGCAGUACCACUGCCAGCACUGCGGCAUCUGCAGGAUCGGCCCCAAGGAGGACUUCUUCCACUGCGCCAAGUGCAACCUGUGCCUCAGCCUCAGCCUGCAGGGAAAGCACAAGUGCAUUGAAAAUGUCUCCAGGCAGGACUGCCCCAUAUGCUUAGAGGACAUUCACACAUCCCGUGUUGAAGCUCGUGUCCUGCCAUGCGGUCACCUUCUUCACAAAACAUGUUACGAAGAGAUGUUAAAAGAAGGCUACAGGUGUCCUUUGUGCAUGCACUCUGCUUUAGAUAUGAGAAGGUACUGGCGUCAGCUGGAUGAUGAAGUAGCACAGACUCCUAUGCCCACCGAGUAUCAAAACAUGAUGGUGGAGAUCCUUUGUAAUGAUUGCAAUUCCCGGUCUACAGUGCAGUUCCAUCUCCUAGGCAUGAAGUGUACAAACUGUGAAUCGUACAAUACUGCCCAAGAUGGAAAAUCCAAGCAGCCUGUGGAGUAGCAGCAUCUAAACAAUGUGCUGUGUAUGGCUGGACAAGGAAGACCCUACUGUGGAAGAGGCUCUCAAAAUAAAUUGUCAGUAAACAUUAUUCAAAGGUGUCACAGAAACAGUGAAGAUGUUCUACUGGUACAAAGGAGUUCUGCAAGUGUUGUCCCCCUCCCUUGUUCCUGGGGUAUUGUGGUGUUGGGAAGCUCCCUGCCAAGCUGUGCAGUGCCCAGUGAGGGCUGGUCCCUGGAGGGCAGCACCCUGUAAUGCCAGAGAAGGCAGCCUGGGAAAAUAACCAGUGAGAUGCAGAAUGGGAAAGUGCUGUGAGCUGCAGCUGUCAGAGCGGAGUGUGUUGUGGGGCAGCCAGAGGUUGGGAGCUUAACGCGGGGUGGAGAUGUAGCUGUUCUGCUCGCAGCAGUUAGGGAAAAUCAGUAGCUUUGAGGGCGGCCUUUUGCAUAAAGCUGACAUCUGCAAAGUUUUGCGUGAGUACAUUUUGUUCCUUUGAAGUGAUGUAUUUGUUCUAGGGCCUCGGAGGCACCAGUGUGAGCAGGCAGAAAGGGUUGAGCUUGCAGAAAUCACAUACCUUAGUUGGACUUGAGGACAUGCACACAAAUGAUGUAUGCAGAAUUCAUUUCAAAAGCAAAGUCUAGGCAACCCUUGUGCUGAACGGCCUACAAACCACACUGUGGGGCUGCCCUCCAGAGCUACCACUGCUCCACGUCUCUUCACUCUGAUUCCUUUGCCAGCCACAGGAUGUUUUCGUCUUCUCUAUUGCAUUGUUGUCUUACAAAGGCCUGGGCGUUAUAGCAUAGCUUGAUGGUUUGAUAGCACACAGUGUUGUGUCAGCUGACACCAGGUUGGCUGUUCACCCAAAUCUGGGGCACGCUAAAGGGGCUGCAGUUGAUAGAGGUGCUCACAUAGCACAGGGACCAGGUUUCUGCAGCCUCGUUUUGCUUUUUUUAAUGGUCUCUGAUUUCAGUGUGAACAGAGAGGCCAUGACCUGGAUGUGUUACUUAUCCCCUCUUGUGCGUGAUACGCUGCCUGGUGUUCUGCAGAAUGAACCCCCAGUUCUUAGUUGGUGACAAUGUCAGAAUGUGCAGUGACCAGCCUGCAUGAAACGCACUAAAAAGUGACUCCUUGUCUGCGCCUCCCUCUGUUGUAGAGCACCGCUUCCUCCCACUGUGAGCCCUUGCAGUUAGAAGCACCGGGAGGCAGAUGGUGGCAGUACUGCAGCUCUCUUGCACUGCCCUAUCUUCUGCAGCACUUUUCUCACUGCUAAAAAUAAAUGUCAAACAAUGUCUUUGUUAAAACAA